AUGGCAGGCCACGUCGUCGUAAACGAAGAGGAGGUUCCCGUCCAAAUGAAGCCAACAGUCGAGUCGCAAUGGACGCGCUUUCUCGCUGGGGGAGUCGCAUCCGCCACUGCUGAGCUCCUGACGCUGCCAAUUGACAUCACCAAAGUGCGGCUGCAGACACAGAGCUCGGGCCCGAUUACAGGCACCAAGUCAGUCGUGCAGUACAACGGCAUGGUCCAUGCUGCACAGACCAUGAUCCGACACGAAGGCUUUGGCGCGCUCUGGAACGGAGCGAUGCCUGCACUGCUGCGUCAAGUGUCGUACACGAGCAUCUGCAUGGCACUCUACGAACCACUGCGCAACGUCUUUGGAGCGAAUGCCGCGGACUCGAGUGGAAAUGGUGAAGUGCCGUAUGUCAACAAGUUCUUGGCUGGGGGCUGCGCUGGCGCCAUUGGGAUCAGUCUCGCCAAUCCUGUGGAUGUGAUCAAGGUGCGCAUGCAAGCGAGUCGUUCCGGCAGGAUGUACCACGGCAUUACGGAUGCGUUCCGCACGAUCUACCAGCGAGAAGGUCUUCGGGGCUUCCUCCGUGGCAUGCCGCCCAAUAUCCAGCGUGGGUUCAUCGUGAAUGCUGCCGAGCUGAGCACGUACGAUCACACCAAAGAGCUACUGGUCUCGUCUGGACUGCUUCACGAGGGCGGACUCGCCCAUACGAGCGCCAGCUGUGUGGCAGGAUUUGCCGGUGCGACUGCGUCCAAUCCGAUCGACGUCGUCAAGACACGGUUAAUGAGCCAGCCAACGGACGCAAAUGGCAGGGGGCUCCAAUAUGAAGGCAUGCGGGACUGUAUUCGGAAGACGUUUCGCGAAGGAGGUGUAAGCGCCUUUUAUAAAGGCUUUGCACCCAACUGGAUGCGGAAAGCGCCUUGGUGUAUCGUCUUCUUUGUCACGUACGAGAAAUACCGAGCGAUUCUAGUCCCAGACGACGAUGAGCUGUAG